GGAAGAAUAGCCCCAGAACAUCACUUCUCGCCCAAACAACACCUCAUCAUUGACCGGCACAGCGUCCAUGGCUCCGUCGCACUUCGUUUGAUCCGCACCCCCCUCGCAGGAUUCUGUUUGGUGGUGGUCACGGUUGGCGGAUCCACUAAUUCGGCUCCAACUCUGGAAAUCUGCCGCACUCUUGCCGCCCGAGGCCAUGUCAUCGAGUUCACGACUCUCGAGGGGCGUGCCGACCUUUUUGCGGCAUACCCUUUUGUCUCAACCGUCCACCUGGUCGGCCGUGCCGUCACACCCAGCGAGGAUCGGCAGCUUUACAAGUUCAGCAGAUGGGACAACAAGACGCAGCGCGGUCGCAAUAAGAUGAUUGAGUGCAAAAGGUUCUACGACGACCAGACCUAUCUCGUCCGAUAUGCGCCCCAGCUUCUCCAUCUGUUUCUCUGGACCCGAUCUAUGCGCAAGCAGGCUGGCGUCCACUCUAUGCCCUCCCUCAAGCCCAAACCGGACAGUCUCGUGCUUAUCAACUCGUUCUGGGGCCUCGAACCCGCAAAGGAUGUACCGCCGCUCCUGCAACCCGUUGGUCCUCUUCUGUCAGACAGCUACACCCCACUCGAUGACACCACUCACAACUUCCUAAACACCAAGACCUCCGUCGUCUAUGUCACCUUUGGUACCCAUGUCAUUCUUACGCCCGAGAAAGUGGACAGGCUGAUGCGAGGGCUUUGCUGUGCUCUUGAGCAGGGUUCGAUUGACGGCAUCAUCUGGGCUCUGCGGGGUCCCACCCGAUCAAAGGAUCAAUAUACCGUCCGUCAUCUUUUAGCGAACCAACAUCCAUCUUGGCUCAUCCUGGAGUACGCCCCCCAGAGGGCAGUCUUGGAUCAUCCGUACAUCACCCUGUUUGUGACCCAUGCCGGGCCAUCGUCGGCCAACGAGGCCCUGUUCCAUGGUGUUCCAAUGGUCUCUAUGCCCUUUUACGGUGAUCAAAUCCAACAUAAUCUUCGCCUGGUGGCCGCUGGCGUUGCCCAGGGUGUCGACAAGGAUACUUUCACACCCGCCCAACUGGCGUCCACAAUCUCUGCCAUGAUGGUCGAUAGCGACGGUGAAAUG